AUGAAGAGGAUACGAGGCGUUGCCAAGGAGGGUGGAAAGGCUCUUCAUGCUGACACUCAAAAGUCUGGGUCUUUCAGUGGCUCCAACGACUCGAGACUUCUGGCGGGCCAACGACAUCCCAGUAGUGUCCCGCCUGCAUGCAGGAUCAUUAACUAUAUCUUCAACGAUGUGGGGCUGCGAAUUGAUGAGAGGGAUAUACAUCAAUUCUGGGACAAUGUAGUGAAGAAAACGGGUGACCACAUGCUAACAGCAAAGGCGUUCAACAGUCGGAUCAUUUGUGCUUGGUUGGCCGACACGCUACAGAAUGCAGCGGUGCAAUAUGACGAUGAUUAUGAUGAGGGAAGACUUUCCCUGGCCUGUGUUUGCAUGAUCUUUGUCUGGAACAUUAUUGUUUCGGCUUCAAAGGUAUACAAGGCCAAAAGUGAAUAG